AAGAAAAAGGGCAAACAAAAGAAGAGCAAAAAUCAUCUGGUUAAAAUAAAAUAAAAUUCCCAAAAGGAAAAGAACAAAUUAUGUAAACAGAAAACAACAUAAAUAGUAAUCUUCAUGCUUGUAAAUCUGCAGCAACAGUGACAGCUCAAACAUGGCCGUUGCCCCAAAUUUCAACCACUAGACCCCAUUUCUCUUAUAUGCUCCUCAACAAAUGAAUUCUUUGUAGUGUUUUACUAAACAAGAUAUUCUGUCUAUAAUUACAAAAUCUGUGUUAUGGAAGGAAGUGGAGAAGUGGGUUUUGUGAGAGCAGAUCGUAUAGAUCUGAAAAGCUUAGAUGAACAGUUACAGAGGCAUUUAAGCAGAGCAUGGACUAUGGACAAACAAAAGAGUAACAGCAAAGAAGAAGAAACAGGAGAAAAUAACAAGGAUAGAGAGAUCCCUGUAAAACAUGCUUGGGAAAUUGAUCCAUCUAAGCUUAUUAUCAAGACUGUCAUUGCUAGGGGUACUUUUGGUACUGUUCAUCGUGGUAUCUAUGAUGGCCUAGAUGUAGCUGUAAAGCUUCUUGAUUGGGGAGAAGAAGGCCAGAGGUCUCAAGCUGAGGUUUCUUCAAUCAGAGCAGCUUUUGCACAAGAAGUUUCUGUAUGGCACAAACUUAAUCAUCCUAACGUCACAAAAUUUAUAGGAGCUGCAAUGGGCACACCAGAUCUUAACAUACAGACUGAGACUGGUUUCAUUGGCAUUCCACGGAACCUUUGUUGUGUGGUGGUUGAAUACCUUCCUGGGGGUACUCUCAAAUCAUUUCUCAUCAAGAGCCAUAGGAGGAAGUUGGCCUUCAAAGUUGUGGUCCAACUGGCGCUGGAUCUAGCACGGGGGUUAAGUUAUCUUCAUUCUGAGAAGAUCGUCCAUAGGGAUGUCAAAACAGAGAACAUGCUUCUUGACAGGAAUCGUACUCUAAAAAUAGCAGAUUUUGGUGUUGCUCGUGUUGAAGCUUCAAAUCCUAAUGAUAUGACCGGUGAGACUGGAACCCUAGGUUACAUGGCACCUGAGGUUCUUAAUGGCAACCCCUAUAACCGGAAGUGUGAUGUAUAUAGCUUUGGCAUUUGCCUCUGGGAGAUAUAUUGCUGUGACAUGCCAUAUCCAGAUCUGAGCUUCUCAGAAGUGACAACAGCAGUUGUCCGACAGAAUUUGAGGCCCGAGAUACCUCGUUGUUGCCCUAGUUCUUUGGCAAAUGUAAUGAAGCGGUGUUGGGAUGCUAGCCCUGACAAACGGCCAGAAAUGGAUGAAGUGGUAUCCUUGUUGGAAACAAUUGACACAUCAAAGGGAGGUGGGAUGAUCCCUGUUGAUCAACGGCAGGGUUGCUUGUGCUUCAGGAAAAACCGAGGUCCUUGAGAAAGCUAGAAAUGGCUCGCUGAAUAGAACUAAGGUUCUGGGUACUGAGUCAUAGUCAAUUGAAGAGAAAGCAUGUAAAAAAACAAGGAGCAUAGUUUUAUUAGAAGAUUUAAGAUCUCAAGUUUUCAAUAUUUGGAACUUAAAGUUGGUGAGGUAAAAGAAGCUCUGAUACAUGCAUGCAUUCAUUCAUCAGCUCAUGCAUGUACAGCUCUGUACCUUUUCAUCUUUGAAAUCAAUUGUCUUUUUAAACACAAUUGACGGGUUGGUCCUGGUCUGAGCAAGCUCCAACCUACACAACGUAGAACGUGUAGCAGUGGUGGAUUCAGGAUUUAAACUUUAUGAAUUCAAUGAGUAAUGUUUUAGCACUAAACUCAUCGUACUUUAAAAUUGAGUUUGGAAUUUAAUAUUUGUUGAAUUUUAGUGCU